AUGGGCCCUCUGCAACAGCCCGGCCAGGGCCUGGUGACGGUGCUUCCCUUUUCCCAGCCGUCGCCGUCAGCUGCGGCAGCAGCAGCGGUAACGCCCAACGGAACGUCUAGCCGGCCCGUGCCUGCAGAGUCUGGAGAACGUGCGAUGACCGAGGGUGUGUUCUCCCUUCUUCUCCCCCUUGCCCCAAACACAUAUUCACCCGGUACUGCAGACGAGAUCGCCCUGUACGACCGUCAGAUUCGCCUCUGGGGCAUGCGCGCGCAGGAAAAGAUACGAUCGGCCCACGUGCUGCUCAUCACGAUGCGCGCCCUCGGCAACGAGGUGGCCAAGAACCUGGUCCUGGCCGGCAUCGGUGCCCUGACGAUUGUGGACCCAGCGUGCGUGACCGAGGCCGACCUGGGCGCGCAGUUUCUGCUAGGGACGGCGGCGGCAGGGAGCGCGGACGCGGUGUUAAUCGGCGAAGCUGCCAGUGAGGCUGAGCGAACAGCCGCCGCGACAGCAGCAGCAGCUGUGGUCUUGGGCACUAACCGGGCGACUGCAGCGAGCGGACCACUGCGGCUGAUGAACCCGCGCGUGCGCAUCUCUGUCGACAGCGCAAGCGACAUUCGGAAGCAGGCCCCGGGCUUCUACGCCGGUUUUGACCUCGUCGUGGCCACCGACCUGGACCCGGACACGCUCACGAUUGUCAACACGGCCACCCGCAUCGCUGACCGACCACUCUACGCGGCCGGCACUUACGGUUUUGCCGGCUUCAUCUUUGCCGACCUGAUCGAACACGAUUUUGUCAUUGUGCGUGACCGCGCCAACGUGGCCGCACAGCCGGGCGUGGCCGAAACUCGCACCCGCACCAUCGUCGACGUGCAGCAGCAGCCCGGCAGCAAGGAGGCCGUUACCAAGCGCGAGCUCUACUCGACCUGGCUGCUUGCUUCUGACGCUGCCGGUUUGCCCGACGCCAUCCGCCGCUCCAAUCGCCGCCUCCGCAACGUCAACGCCACGCUUCCCUGUCUGCGCGCCUUGUGGGAGUUUCAGCAGCUGCAUCCCCAGCAGCGCCUCCCCAACCCAGACCUCUCCGCUGACCUCGCCACCUUCACCCGCCUCGUCGGCCGCAAGCAGCAGGCCCUCGGCAUCCCCCCUAUCUCCGCCGAGCGCAUCCGCCUCUUCCUCCAAGGCAUCGCCGCCGGCCUCGGCUCCGAGAUCUCCCCUGUUGUCACCGCCGUCGGUGGCGAGCUUGCCCAGGACGUCAUUAACUCCCUUGGCCACACCCAACAGCCCAUCCAGAACCUGCUCGUCUUUGAUGGCGCCAACGCCCAGGCCCUCACCUACGCCCUCCACCCCGAAGGCCCCCUCGGCCGCCAGCUGCUCGCGGCCGCCACUAAACCCUCGCCUGAGACCGCUGCCCGCGCAAUGGCUGCUGUUGUGGCUGCGUCGGCGGCCUGA